UCGACGAACCUUGGAAACUAGCCAUGCCUUCAAUGCUGCAGUCAUCGAAUCAUGCUGCAUAGCUUAUGGUGGCCUAACGACUAGGGCGUGGGCGAUCGUCACGCAGCGCCCGCACCUGUUGUGGUGGGUUCUUGGACAAAACGUCCAUGAACCGCUCUGGACUCCAGGGCUUCCGAUAGCCCAGGGACCGCACUCCCGGUAUCAGAGCUGACUCGACCUGGGGUCCCAAAAUCUUCCGAUAGACAACUGCGCCAUGUGCUACCUGCUUCAGACCGUCUGAGCCGACGAUCAAUCGCUUGCAGGUCCAUGUAGAGACAUCGGCCAUCCUUCACUACCGUUCGCUCGCUACACAAUGCGCCUCACAGCGCGAGCUACCGAGGCCCCGGAGCCGUAUGUCGUGCCUCCUUCGGAUAAGUUUGAUGGCGCGGAUGGAAGCUGGAGCACCUUCAAGAUAAGCGUUGGAACACCAGGACAAGACUUUCGUGUGUUGCCGAGCACAAAGGGAGGCGUCACAUACGUCAUUGCCGAAGAAGGAUGUCUGGAGGGAGUCGACCCGACGAAUUGCCCACAACUCCGAGGAAUAGAGGUUUUCCAGAGCACGCAAAGCACCGGCUUCCAGGUCAACGCGUCGACAACAUGGUCGGCAAUUGGACAAUACGAUGUGGAUUUGGAGGACGCACUCAACUACACAGGAAGAGGACUGUUUGGCCUGGACACUGUCACGCUAGGCGCAGCUGCAGAUAGUAGUUCCUCUAUAUCACUGACGCGCCAGGUCGUUGCUGCCGUUGCUGAUCCAGACUACUACUUGGGACUCCUUGGUCUUGGCCAGGCAAAGUCCAGCUUCAACAGUGGGAGCCAGCCCAUCGACUCUUUCCUCUACCAGCUGCGCGAGAGCAAAAAGAUUCCUAGUUUCGCCUAUGCGUACACAGCCGGCGCAACUUACAGAUUGAAAUCCGUCUUUGGCAACCUGGUUCUGGGAGGUUACGAUGCGACGCGAUUCGAGCCCAGUGCGAACGACUUCUCUUUUACCUUCUCCCAAGACCCCUCUCGGCUCCUGACUGUAGGAGUGGACUCAAUCAUGGCGACAAACACACUACAAGGCACCUACUCCCUGACCUCCGGAGCACACUUCUCCGUCAUCGACUCUACAGUCCCACACUUGUGGUUACCCGCAGACGUUUGUGCACAGUUCGAGACAGCCUUUGGGUUGACCUACGAUCCUGAGACAGAUCUGUACCUUGUCAACGAUACUAUCCACCAACAACUUGUCUCAAACAACCCAACUCUCACGUUCAAGCUUGUAAACUCGCUCGAAGAUACAACCACGAACUACACCAACAUAGAACUGCCGUAUGCAGCCUUCGAUCUUCAAGCCUCGUAUCCGUACUACCCGAACGCAACGAACUACUUCCCGAUUCGCCGCGCCGCCAACGAUACACAAUACGCACUUGGCAGGACGUUGCUGCAGGAGGCAUAUCUGAUAGUAGACUAUGAACGGGCAAACUUCACGGUUGCACAGGCAGUCUUUCCCGAUCCUUUGCCCGCAUCAAACGUCAUCACGAUCAGAUCACCGAGCGACUCCGAUUCCACACAAACUUCAACUUCGUCUUCAGGCCUCGGCGGAGGUGCCAUUGCUGGGAUUGUUAUAGGCGCAAUCGCUGCUCUCCUGUUAGCACUGGGCAUAUUUUUCUUCCGAAAACACCGCAGCAAACAGCAAAAAGAACAGCGAUACGAGCUCGCAAGCAAACAUAUAUCAGAAAUUGAUUCAAGUUCUAAUGUUCUUGCGGGCAGCCUGCCUCACAAAGCUGUGGGCCCGCAGGAACUUCAUGGCACGCCAUUGACAGAACUCGCCUCCCCUGUGAACGACCAGUUCCCUGGCCAUGCAUAUCCACAAGAUCAAAAGACAGUCAUUGAUAUGGCAGACGAACCACAAGAGCUGCAUGGCGACUCGAUAAUGCCGGUGACACCCAGAUGGCAAGAAGUACCGCCGCAUCCACGUUUCCAACAAGAGAUGGACAUAGAGAGCAGUGCAAGCCACAGUGUGAGCGGUGUGCCCAGCGACGACGGAUACGCGACUGGCGAACUUACACUCCGCUCUGGUGUAUCGCCAAUUUCACCGCAAUUUCCUCGCAGCAAACAUGGAUAAAUAGUUUUUAAUUUUGGACAGAGUCCGGCAAAGGCGUUUGGGUCUGGCAUACUUCUAGAGAUACCACACAUGUACGAGAAAUGGGCAGGAUUUAAUGCAUACGUAACACGAAUGCGAGAAUAUUGAUUACUAUUUUGCAAAAGGCCUAGGCACGGGACUUGCAGCAGAGAUCGACAUCUUCUUAAUGUAUAUGGCCCGAGUGAGCUUGGAAAUAACAGUGCGAACUUAUAAAAGAGCUAGGAGGUUUUCGACGAGAUUGCGAGGAAUGGGUAAGAAUUCUUAUCAGAGCCUGGAGAUAUUC